UGUGGUUUGUGCUAUACAUCAACCUAGCAGUCAAAUGAUUUCGCUCUUCGAUAACAUUAUGGUACUCGAUCGAGGCAGAUGUAUGUACUGCGGUCCAACGAGCGAAAUCAUAAACACUUACGGCAUUGCCGGAUUUACGUGCCCCAGCUUCUACAACAUAGCCGAAUUUGUGCUUGAGGUAAUAUCCGAGCAGAGGGGUGGAGAUUUAGAAAAUCUAUACAAGAUCUGUCAUGAUGAAUACAAAAAAUUCAGAUUACGCAGUAAAGAUAAUCUGAAUGAAUUGAAGUCAUCAAUUAAUUUCAAACAAAAAUGUGAAACAGACGAUGCAGAAGCAUGUGCAAAUAGUAUAAUACUAAAGAAAUCGACAUGGGAACAGCAAAAGGUUUUAUUUUUACGAGCUCUAAUCUGCAUCAAGCGAGAUAAUGUGAGUAAAAUCUUUUAAAAGUAGAAUAGAAUACUUGU